AUGGCAGAUACUCGUCGCGCAGAAUGGUUUCUCUCCAAAGCAUCACUCCAACCCCCUCCCCGUCUCGGUGGUCUGACCGAGCCACCCGCCCAAGAUUUCCUCCCAUUCAGCACUACCAACCGCGACGCAGCCCGCCAACUCCUCGUACAACAGAGAACAUCAGAUCCCAACUACAAACCCCCAGACCGACAAAAGCGACAUCUCUUCCGCUCCAAGGAGCAAAAGGCCGAAGCUUGCGAUACUUCACAAUGGAGCUUUACGAAACAUGAAGUCGCGAAAGCCUUCGAUGCGCUACUAGCACAGCAGACACUUCCGCCAGCUGGCGUUGCGCAAGCUCUCUUGUUGCAUACGACGCUUACUUCGUUGGAUGAGCUUUGGGGCCAUUUAAAUGAUGCGCAGUUAGAGAAAAGGAUGAAGAGGAAUAGGAUGAGCGAGAUCCUAAACUUCGAUUCCAACGGCAUGACUUGGCUGGACACAGUGACAUCUCGCGAUAACUUCAACUACGUUCACUUGCUAUGUCAAACACAAGCCAGCCAAGGAGUCUUGAACAGAGCGUUUGGCAUGGCCUUGUCCAGAUCAUCCCUCGAGUCUAUGAAGCUUCUGCUGAGCUUUGGGGCAGUGGCAUCUGAUUACCAAGAUCUCAUUAACCAACAUAUACGAGCCAGGAAUCUGGAGUUGGUGAAGCUUCUACUAUCUGCGCCCAACUCGAUGGCACCCUCAGAUUGGAAAGCGUGCCUCGAACAAGAUUUCGCACGGGCAGAAGCAGGAGAAGCUUUGUCCCUCUCAUUCAUCCUUCUGCUCCUAUCCCAGCGCCCAGAACUAGUCUCAGGCUCAUUUCUUCUUUGUGCACUGAGAUUACAGAGCUACCAAGCAACAGCUGUGAUGCUGGGCUACGCAUACUCCAACCAGGUCUUCUUCGCUAUUCGUCACCAGGCCUGCGAAAUCAUAUCUCAGUACCAGAACGCCAACCAGAGACUAGCCUUCCUCACUCUCCUGUCUCAUUCUGGUAUCAUUGGAGACAACCUGGUCACUCGAGAGGAGCUUGUCAAAGAAGUACUCGCUCGCCACUUACCACUUGUCAAACUACUUGUGCAUGCUGGCGUGGCAAUUGAUGUCCCUCCACACAAUGCUUUAAAGUGGGCAGUCUCACAACUAGACUUUGGAAUACUGGAGAUUCUUAGACAUGGGAGCCUUUCGUCGCCUGCGUCCCAAGUACUGAGCUACCUGCCCGAUAACAUCCCAGAGCCUGACAUGGUUCAUUUCAUGAAUAUGUUUGGAUCUAUGGGUCUGGGAGGACAACAGCUUGACUCAUGCCUUGUUCGUGCCGCGCACAGGAAGCAACAGCACCUUGCCGGAACUCUGCUCCAUUAUGGUGCGUCAGUCGAGGCUGAAGAAGCUGCUGCCAUCCGCGCAGCUAUCGCAUCUGCUGAUAUGUAUGUGCUCAGCUUGCUCUUACAAGGGCAGUGUGCAUCGACUAUACUUUCAACGUUAGUUCCUACGGCCAUGGAAGUAUCGCCAAGAACCAUGCGGUUCGGUGUAAUGCAAUGUCUUAUUAGAAAGGGUGUUGAAAGACAGUCACUUGGUACGGCUCUAAUUCAGCUCAUAUCUGAAGAGGGUGAUAUCGACUCUGACCUCAUCAAACUUCUUAUCGACAAUGAUGCGCCACUGGACUCGGGUCCGGACCUCGAUAAUUCCCCGCUUGUACAGGUCAUAAAGAAAGGAGAUGUCACAGUCCUCAACAUGCUCUGCGGCGCGAAGCCUACAACAGAGGCAUUGGCUUCUGCUCUUCCCUUUGCGUUCAACACCAUUGACGCUUUUGGCUACGAUGUUUCGCUUGAGUUAAUGACUCUACUUCUCAAGCAGGGUGCAUCAGGCCUACCAGUACACGAAACAUUCCUCAAGGCAAUCUCAUCAGAUGCACCCAUCGACUUUGUGCAGUUGUUGACAGAGCAUGGCGCCGACGUCAACUACUCGUCUGGCCAAGCUUUUGUGACGGCAAUUGAGAUGGACAAGCCUGCACUCUUGGAACUGCUAUGCUCUGCAUCUCCACCAACUCAAGCAACAGUCAAUGCUUCUCUACCUAAGCUCAUCGAAACAAAGCAUUACAGUCUCUCCAACAUCGAGCUCUUCCUGAGCUACGCAUCGCGCGCAACACCAAAGCCAUCUCUCACAAAUACCUAUGCUCUUAUCAAAGACCACCCGCAGCGUUCAGAGCUCUUGCCUUGUCUUUUGCGCCAUGGCCUCGAUAUAAAUGAGGAAUCUGGUAUGAUUCUCUGCCUCGCAGUUCGAGAACCCGACAUGGACCUCAUCAAGUCAAUUCUUGCUCUUGAUCCUAGUAUCGCUACACUUUCCAACGCCUUUCGCGAGGCAUGCCAAGUCGAGGAUGCGGAUAUGAAGCUUGAUCUUAUGGACCGUCUGCUACAGAAGGCUUCUCCGGCUGAGAUUGGACAAUCCAAAGCACUGCUGCAAGAAACCCAAGCGGCUCUUGACGGAGACAUGGAUGGGCUUUGGCUGCUUCUCGGCCACAAAGCCAACGUCAACUUCAACAACGGCGAAGCUGUUCAAGCAGCUGCUUCAAACAAAGCAGGGUAUCCAAUCAUUCUCAACAUGCUCCUCUCAGCUGGCGCCACGGACGUUACCGUCGAGGAGGCAUUUGACGCUGCUAGUAACGCUGAUACACCAGCAUUCAUCAAAACAGGCAUCUUUGGAAGUCUAUUUGCUUUCAACAAAGAUAUUUCAGUUGAUAUUAUAUCUCGAGCUUUUGUCAAAGCCCUCGAAAGCCACCCUGAUGAUGAACAUCUCCCAAACUUGCUCCUAGAACAUGGUGCUGGUGCUCAAGUACAGCUAGCCAUGUUUGAGGCUGCGGCUGGAGCCUCUCCAGGUGGCCUCUUUCAGAAGCUUCUGCGCAAGGUCUCCGACUAUCCUAUGCGCAAUGAGAUCUUCGAGUAUAUCCGAAUGCAAACUACCAUGUCAUCGAUGGAUAGAUAUCAAGCCUACGAGACCCUUCUGAAGCAAGGCGUGGCCAAGACUCAGAUCUCUGAGGCUCUCGUAACGUCAAUUAGGAACGAGCCUACUAAUCGAGAAAUUCCUAUGUUGCUCCUCAACAACGGCGCUCAGGUCAACUACAAGAACAACGAAGCGUUCGCUGCAGCGUUUCAGUCGCGCAACUUAGAGAUGUUCGAACUCCUUUGCUGUUACCUAGUGAAAGGCGAGCAUGACGAGGCAGCGAAGCUCGUCUUUGAGCAUCCGUAUCUACGAGAGAAUCCCUGUGUUACGGUUGAACAAAGUGUUCGUGCGAAUAUCUACAAGAGUGUUCUAACCUGCAACAUUGAUCCGAAGAGUAUCUACACCACGCUCGUUCACUUCCUCGAUUCACCAGAGUCCAACCUUGCCAUUGUGGAGCUUCUUCUCGAGCAUGGCGUGGAUCCCAAUGAUGAGGAUGGUCACUGCUUCUAUCUCGCAGCACGACACAAAGUGGAAUCUCACUUCCGAGCUCUGUGUAAAUACGCAGACCUGACCAUUGUCCUACCCACGCUUUCACGUCGCAUUGUGAAAGAGCAUAAUGUGACGCGCUGGUUCAAAAUCUGUCUUGAGAUGCAGCCCUCUCAAAUUGCGGCUUUGCCAGACUACGUGACACCAGAUUCCAAGAUACCCACCAUCUUUCUCACACUCCUCAACAAGUCACGAGCUCCCAUUCUCGAGGCUUUACUAAAGCUUGAUGGCACCAACGUUCUCAACCAAACCAUCUCCGGAUCAAAGUUCAGUUCUCUAGCUUCGUACCCGAAGAAGUCCAAACUUGAGUUUACAGCUCUCUUCGAAGACGAAGACGAGAUCCCGCCACGUGAAGCAUCACUCUUUCUUGGCAACCUUGACGCCUUCAAGUUAAUCAACAGUACUAUGCUCCCUGAUGACGGCACACUUCAUCUAGCAGCUCUCCUUGCCCUUCCUGAUUUCACAGACUGGCUUCUCUCAACCCACGAGCCAAACUAUGAGGAAGAAAACUUUGGCUUCAUGGUUCCACUGGCACUAACAUGCUACUCUAAGCCAUUCCCUUGGUGUAAGGUUGCCAACGAGGAACAAGAGUGGUUCUCUCGCUUAGAGGAGACCAUCAAGAUUCUGAUCCCAAAGACAUUGUCCAGCUGGAGAUAUCGGCAGAAACUUCCGUUGCAUCUUGCACUGGAGAAUGGGAGCCGAGUUACUAUGGCUAUGUUGAAUGUGCUGAACGCGAGAGGUAUCGGGAAUAGAGAUAAGUAUUUGUAUACUGAUAAGACGGGUAUGCAGUACUCGCCUUGUGAGUAUGUUGAGACGUUUGUAGAAGUUGAAGAUGAGGAAAAGGUCAAGCUGAUCAAGAUUCUCCAGGAGCAUGGAUUAAACUGA